UGCCAUCUAUCGGUUAUAUUAAUUAAUAAGUUUCGCAAAAUGGCUGACGAGGUGGCAAAAUUACAAUGCCACCUGUCGCUGUUACGAGAAGAGUAUGUGAAAUUACAGUCGAGGCUUGCCGAAGUGGAGAAGAAAUAUAGCAUUGCCCUCGCUGCUACUGGUAAUGUGAAUGAAGAUUCGUUUGUUUCAAGAUUACUUAAAACAGUUGCAAAUUUAUUCGAUAAAGAAUUAUACAGUGAUCUUACAGUUCAUUUAGAUGGAAGAACAAUCAGGGCGCACAAAUUUGUUUUAUCAGCCAGGAGCAAUAGUUGGGGUGUUCCAAAUUUGGAUCAGGCAGAACAUUUAUAUUUAACAGAUAUACCUUUAGAUACUGGAUUGACCCUACUAAAAUGGGUUUAUACCGAUCAAGUGGACCUAAGUCGCCCAGAUUCUUCAAUUUUAGAAUUAAUGAAAGUUGCCAAAAGAUUUUUAUUAGAUAGUUUAAUCGAAAGAUGUGAGAAAGCUUUAAUGUCAUCAGUUAAUGUUACGAAUUGUGUUAAAUUUUAUCAAACGGCGGAUGAAAUCGGUGCCGAAGCUUUAAAGAAUCAUUGCUCAGAGCUGAUUUCUAAUCAUUGGAAUGAUUUUUCAAGUGAAGAUUUUGCUCACAUGAGUGCCCCUUUAUUAUAUCAAAUGUUCAAAACCAAAACGGAAUAUCCUUUACACACUGCUAUUCGAACAAGAAGAGAGGACGUCGUGUUCUUAUAUCUUAUUGAAUUUGAUCCUCAGCUACCAAGUAAAUUGAAUGAAAUUGAUGAUCAAGGAGAUCUUCCGCUUGAUUUAGCUUUAAGCACUAAGCAGGAGAGCAUUGCAAAAACGCUAGUCCGUCACCGUUCUUCGGUAAAUGCGACAGAUAACAGAGGGAAAACAUUGCUGCAUAGAGCACUAGAAAGAGGAGAUGAAUUUUCUUCUAUAUUCUUAAUUGAAAAUAAUGCUUCGGUCAAUACUGCCAUGUCUGUCGAAAAGGUGACGCCUCUUCAUCUAGCGUGCAGUUUUUCACCAAACGAUACCGACCCCGAAAUAAUAAAAGGCAUGGCUAAUGUUGUGUCGAAAUUGCUACAGUACGGAGCUAAUCCAAAUCAGCAAGAUCAGAAUGGAAACACGGCUUUACAUAGAGCAGUUGCGGCCAAUAAUGAAUUGGUUUUUGAUAUGUUACUGGAGCAAAGUUCUCUGAAUUUGGAGAUCUUAAAUGUUGACGGUCAAACCGUUUUAUGGUAUGCUUUGCAAGCUGUCAGAAGUAAUUACGAUGACAAUAGCUUUGCAGCAAGAUUAGUGAAAAGAGGAAGUUCAUUAAGUGCCAUAAAUCCUCUAACCGGUGACAGUUUAUUACAUCUGGCAGCUGCAAGUGGAAAUGAAGAAGCCGGAAUAUUUUUAGCCGUUCACGGAGCAAAUCCCAAUAUGACUAACAAUAAGGGAGAAAGUCCUUUACACGUCGCUUGUUCCCAAGGCCUAUCCAAUUUAGUUUCGAUUCUUUUACAAAAAGGAGCCAAUCCAAAUCUACAGACGUCAGCACCAAAUCCGUUAGCCAUGUUAGCAGAAGAAGAAGAUGGCAAAACAAUUACGUAUUUACAUACACCCCUUCAUCUUGCAAUAUUAUCAAAACAAGAAGGAGCUAUUGAAGCUAUUAUUGAACAUAAAGGUUAUACUCAGCACGCAUCUGACGUUUCAUUAAUAGUUCCUAAUUUUAAUAUAAAAAAUUCGAGGGACCAAACUCCUCUUUCCCUGGCAAUAGAAAUGUCUCUACAUAAUGUUGCGCAGAAGCUGUUAUCCGGAGGUGCAAAUAUUAACGUCACCAACAUCGAUGGUUUGACGUUACUCCACGAAGCAAUAUUAAAUCAAGAUACCAAAGGAGCUCUCUUUCUUCUCGACAACGGAGCUGAUAUCAACAUUCUAACAAAGGAUCACGAUACGCCACUUCAGUUAGCGGUAAAAAGGCAUUUGCCAGCUGUCGUUCGCGCAUUAUGCCUCAAAGGUGCGGACUUGAAUGUUCUGGACGAAAAUGGCAACAGUCCACUUUGGGUGGCACUAGAAAGUGGUCAAGAAGACAUAGCAUCUAUUUUGGUUCAACAUGGCUGCGAUACAGACUGUUGGUCGGAAGGUCCGAGUGGAUGUUAUCAGACGUUACUGCAUAGAGCCAUCGAUGAAAAUAACGAAUCUGUUGCAUGUUUCCUGGUCAGAAGCGGUUGCGAUAUGAAUGCAACGAGGAGACCAAGUCCCGAUGGCAGAGGGGAAGAAGAAGCGUAUGACGGUCAGACACCACUUCAUUUAUCAUGUGCGUGGGGUUUAGAAAAUAUUGUACAAACGCUUCUGGAACAUAAUGCAAAUGUUAAUGCUCAGGAUGCUGAAGGGAAAACUCCGAUUCAUGUUGCCAUCAUCAAUCAAACUCCGAUAAUCAUCUCUCUGUUACUUGCUCAUCCAUCUUUAAAUCUCUCAUUAAGAGACAGGCAAGGGCUUACUCCAUUUGCUGCCGCCAUGACAAUAAAAAACAAUAAAGCGGCCGAAGCUAUUCUGUCAAGGGAACCAAAAGCAGCCGAACAACAUGAUAAUAAAGGUAGAAAUUUUCUUCACGUGGCAAUUCAGAAAUCGGACAUAGAAAGCGUACUGUUUCUUUUAAGCAUUCAUGUAAAUAUUCAUUCGAGAGUACAAGAUUCAUCGCAGCUAACACCGCUUCACUUGGCAGUAGAAGCUGGAUCUGAGAUUAUUGUUAGAAAUCUAAUUUUAGCAGGAGCCAACAUAAAUGAUUUGACGCCUCAAAAACAGAGUGCUCUCCACUUGGCCGCCAUUAAAGACCACCAUACUCUAUGCAGCGUGUUGCUAGAGAACGGAAUUAUGUUUGACGCAGUCGACAAUAAUUUAAAUAACGCACUCCAUCUGGCCUGCCGAGAAGGAAACAUCGCCACCUGUCGGACGCUGUUGACGGAAUCUAGGAUUAACGCGGAAGCGUUUAACAUGAGGGGGCAAAAUUCGCUUCACGUUUUGGCACAGUACGGCAAAGAAAACGCUGCAGCCAUUUUUGAUUUGUUCAUGGAAUGCAUGCCCGAGUAUCCUAUCAACAAACCAGAUGCAGAAGGAAACUCACCCUUGUUACUGGCUUACAUGAAUGGCAAUGGCAAUCUCUGUCGGUCCAUAGUUCGAGCCGGAGCCUGUUUAGGUACCUGCAAUCAUCAGGGAAUAAACAUUUUUAAUUUCCAAGUGGCAACGAAACAACUUCUCUUCAGAUUAUUAGAUUUUCUGCCAAAGGAACCUCCCUGGUGUGAAAGUGGUGAGAAUUGCAUGGAGUGCGGCAUCAGGUUUAGUAUCAAAACUCGCAAACAUCAUUGUCGUCACUGCGGCAGAUUACUGUGUUCGAAAUGUUCCGACAAAGACAUGCCAAUUCUGAAGUUCGGCCUGAACAAGCCAGUGAGAAUUUGCGAAAUGUGUGCCGACGUCCUCACGGUCGGAGCUUUAUGAUGAUUCUCUAACGUAUUUUAUCUUCUGGCACCUCCAAAGGAAUUAUCCAUACAUUAACGGAACGAGAGACUGAAAAUACAAAUGAUUAUCGUGCCUGGUGAGAGGCACAAAUAUUCCACUGAGUAACU